UCGACACAGCUGAUUGUUCUCUCUGCUCAUCUAUCCAUUUCUUUCAUUAUUUUUUGUUUUUUCUUUCUUCGUUAACACCUUUCUCCAGUUCCAUUCAUCUGCAUUCUGUUUUCAUGCUUCCACCCAUAACAACUCUUAUGAUUUUGAAUCUGACUCGAUUCUUUCUACUUUGAGUCCAUUCAACCGUAUAUCCGUCUCUCCACGUGGGUUGAAAAUUAUGGUGGUAUAUUAUCCUGUACUGCCGCUGUCAUGUCCGCCGACAUGUCUGCUCCUUCGGUAAAGAAGAAGAAGUCGUUUGCACGGAGCUCCAAACCAAGCACCAGGAUGUGUAUUCGGGAACAAAGGGACAUCAUAACCAUGUCAUCUCCAGAGAUGUGCUGGCCGGUGCCAAUGCGAGCCAUUGGGGCUCAGAACCUCCUCACCAUGCCAGGAGGGGUAGCCACUGCAGGAUACCUCCACAAGAAGGGAGGCAGCCAAUUCAGCCUAAUGAAAUGGCCACUGAGGUACAUCAUCAUCCACAAGGGCUGCGUGUACUACUUUAAGAGCAGUACCUCUGCUGCACCACAGGGGGCGUUUUCUCUCAAUGGCUACAACAGAGUGAUGAGAGCAGCAGAGGAGACAACAUCGAGCAAUGUUUUUCCUUUCAAGAUCGUCCACUUCAGUAAGAAACACAGGACGUGGUUCUUCUCAGCAGCCAGUGAGGAUGAGAGGAGGAAAUGGAUGCGAUACCUUCGGAAAGAAAUAGACCACUAUAACGACAGGAAAGAGUCCCACCUACCAAGUGACUCAGAUUCAGAUGCAGACAGUUUCUAUGGCACAAUCGAGAGGCCGAUGGAUGUGAAACAUCUUGUUGAUACCACCGAAAUUAAUUACAGUGAUGACGAUGAUGAUGACGAUGAGGAGGACUAUCUGAAGCCAGACAGUGAAUGUUCGCCAACAUCUUCAGGUCGACCCACAGGUCCACCGCCCUCUUACCCUCCUCCACCUGUGCCAGUGACAUUCCCCCACCAUCAAGACUCCAGUCCAGGCCAAAAAAGCCUCCACCCUCCCAUCCCAUUACAACCGAAAGCCCCUACCUCUCCGCUCCACAGGAAACCUUCACCUUGUCCACCCUCUCCGUGCAUAAAGAAGGAGUCUACCAAAGGCCCACCCCCACCUUUACCUUUUGCCCCUCACUUACAGAAUCCUUUUCCUUCCACACCUCCACCUAUUCCUCCCAAUGCAAAGAAACCAGGCAGGUCAACCUCCGUGGGAGUAACAGCAAAUGACAAAAGAGACUGGAGGCCUACGCCGUCUGUUUCAGUCCAGUCACCAGCUACUUUGCCCAUCUGUGAAAAACUAGACAGGCUAAUCCUAAAUGGCCCCUGUCCCCCUCACUCUGGCGGGAGCCAGUCACUAGAAAACAGCUACCGCCGUAAUAAGCCGAACAUGCCGGUUCCACCAUGCCCAAACACAAAUGUAUCUCUCAAUCUAAUGUCCUCCAGUCACCCUUCACACUCCCCGCUACCUAAACCUGGACUACUCAAUAAGCCAUCUAUACCCAAACCUCCUUUACCUUUAGUAGGAGUCAAGCCAUCAACGGCUCCACCCAGGCCCAAGUCGCCAGGAACACCGUUUCAAAGAACAUCUCCAGAGGGCCAGAGCUUCCGUUCCAUCAACGACGAAACUGCAGAUUUCAGGAGGAAACGAGACUCGACCGCGUACGACUCUGACGAAGACUAUGAGAAUGUCCAGCUGCCAGACUCUGUGUUCAUUGAUUCGAAUGAAACCAGCUUCGUAGAAAAGUUAUUCAAAGAGAGUCCAACUCCUCCACAAGAUGGACUGUACGCCAUCAGAAAAUCAGGAACCAAAACAACAAAGGUGCUGGUGGUGUGGGACAUCAGUAUAGGCAAAGCCAGAAACUACAGACUGUUUGAAGAGGGUGACUGUAUAUUUCUGGAAGCUGAUUUGACCUUCCCCAAUCUGUCUACACUGAUCGAACACUACCACUACCGACCUCUUCCUCACCACGGCUCACUGUGUCUCCAGAAGCCCUACACAAAGACGUGAGCACUUUCACAGGCGGCUUACUGAACUGUAACUGAAACCAGAGGACACCAAAGCAGCUGAAAUCAGUGCAGAAGACUGUGCACUGGACUGCACCUUAAACAUGGAGAAAACUAUACAAACUAGACUCUCACCUUGACAAAUCUACACUCAGUGAGAUAUUUACAUCAUGGAAAACUUUCUAAAAAAAAAUCUACCAAACUCUCUAAGGGAUCAAGCAUCUGUAAAAGGAAAUUAGAAAUCUGCUGCAAAUUCCUGAUGUUUCAUGUAAAGUGAGCAAUGGUUGUGAUGUGUUUUGGCCACAAAGGGGCGCUGUGACACCAAAUGCUAGCAUUAAAAAACAUUGAUGUUUCUGCGUUGGCCUAGCAAUGGUCUAACAAACUGCCUAGAUUGUCCUCUCCCUCAUGCCCUGUGACAGCUGGGAUAGGCUCCAGCACUCCAGCGCAUAGAUAAAGGGAAAUGGAUGGAUGGUUUACAAGUUUUGAAAAAG